CAAAGAGACACAGAGUGGUAUAAAAGAACGACCGCCUCAGACUAGAUCUUCACAACACCAUACGGUUGCAUCGACUCAUUACUACAAACAAAUUGUCUCGACUGAACAACAAUGGCCGCUAAUAUGAAGCUUGCAUUCCUUCUUUUUGCUUUGAUGUUUGUGACUGUCACUUUGGCCAAGAAGUCCAGAGGUUACGGCUACUCAAGCUAUAACUACCCAAGCUAUGGCUACCCAAGCUAUGGCUACCCAAGCUACAGCUACCCAAGCUACAGCUACGGAGGCUACGGUGGAUACGGCGGUUACAGCAACAAAGGUUAUGGCUACAGCGGAUACGACCACAGUGGUUAUGGAGGUUAUAGCUCUGGAUAUUCUGGCCACCGUUACGGCAGCUCUUACGGCUACUAAGCUAUACCGUGGAUUCAGCCAUGGCUCUGACAAAUUUCUAUUGGUAUCCAUCGUAACUGAUGUACUUUACUUCUCCCGUGGCCUGGUCACUUGUUUAAUUUAAUAAAAAACUGAACGCAUUAAAAA